CGUAGUUUUAUGGUAGAACUCCUCCAAACGAGUCACCGAAUCAUCUUUAAGGAUUUUGAAUGGCUGCCAUAGUAACAAGCGAAACUAUUUUGAAUUCACCAAUCACAAUAGUGCAUUUCAGUCAUUUAAACUCGUCUCAAAGUUCUGAAGCGAUCUUUGAAUUUGCUUGCUAACAGUAUUCACCUGGUUUCUGAAAAACUUUCUCUUUUGAACAUCGAUUUCAAUCGAAGGCAACAAGCACGAAAGGUUAUAAACUGGAAUUUAUCAGGGGCUGCUACAGUACUGCGAUAUAGCGUGUUUUGGGUUUUGCUGGUUCAUCGUAGUAGGCCAUGUCCCACUUUGGUUUCGAGAAUGAUAUUCACAGCGUUCUUAAACUGGACAUGCCAAUCACAAAUGCUCCAAUGGCAAGGUGGCAGAGGAAAGCCAGCACGUCGACGUCCGCUAACACCAGCGCCUUAUCACCGAGCAAAAGUUCAAAUCGGUCGAUAAGCAUGUCCAAAACCCCUAGCAAAACUCCAGGGAAGAAUGGCAAAACACAAAACACUCCCUCUAAGGCUGGAGGAGAUCGGUUUAUCCCCAUCAGAAAUGCCAAACAGAUGGAUGUGGCAAGUUUUCUCUUGUCUAAAGAGAAUGAGCCUGUGGAGGAAGGCGUGUCCUCGUCUGCAUUCAUGCAGAAGGCUUGGUCUGUAACACUAAAUGGAUUUGAUCUGGAGGAAGCAAAGAUAUUGCAUUUGGGAGGAAAGCCGCUUAAUGCCCCUGAAGGUUACCAGAAUAACUUAAAAGUUCUCUACAGCCAAGUACCCACACCUGUCUCAAUCAAGAAGACACGGUAUAUUUCUUCAGUCCCAGAGCGUAUUCUAGAUGCUCCUGAGCUCCGCAAUGACUUCUAUCUGAACUUGAUGGACUGGGGCAGGCAAAACCUGAUGGCUGUUGCCCUUUCUGAACAAGUGUAUUUGUGGGAUGCUGCCAUCGGUGACAUCAUCCUGCUGAAGAAGAUGGAGGAGGAGAAUGGCUUCGUAUGCUCAGUAUCAUGGAGCAAUGAUGGAAACUUCUUGGCCAUUGGAACUAGUGACUGCAAAGUAGAGCUCUGGGAUGUACAGUACAAGAAACGUCUACGCAGCAUGGCUGGGCACCGUGCUCGAGUUGGGUGUUUGAGCUGGAAUGACCACAUCUUGUCUAGUGGGUCCAGGUCUGGGCUGAUUCACCAGCAUGAUGUCCGUGUAGCAGACCAUCACCUGUUCACACUGAGGGGCCACUCACAGGAAGUCUGUGGGCUCACCUGGUCUCCAGAUGGGCGGUAUUUGGCCAGUGGUGGCAAUGACAACACAGUGAAUAUUUGGCCUGGUGUGCAGGGUGGGACCCAGCAGCUUGCAGUGCAUUCCUUUAGUGAACAUCAAGGAGCGGUCAAGGCUUUGGCCUGGUGCCCCUGGCAACCAAGCAUACUGGCAUCAGGAGGGGGUACCAGUGACCGUCACAUCCGUAUCUGGAACGUGAACAGUGGCUCCUGUGUCAGUGCAUGGGACACUCAGUCUCAGGUGUCAUCGCUUGUGUUUGCACCAAACUACAAGGAGUUGGUUUCCGGUCAUGGUUUUGCACAUGACAAGAUUUUUAUCUGGAAAUAUCCCUCACUUGCUAAAGUUACAGAGCUUGAAGGUCAUGACGGUAGGGUUCUGAACCUGGCCCUCAGUCCCGAUGGCUCUACAGUGGCAUCCAUUAGUGCAGAUGAAACGAUCCGACUAUGGAAGUGUUUUGAGAAAGACUCUUCCAAAAAGGCCAAAGCCCCCACCAGCAGCAGCAGCAUUAUCCAGCAACACAUCCGAUGAACGGUGCCAUUUUAAUGGUUUUAUAAACGCAUAAAUUAUGUACAAAGUAAUGGUUUUAAUAACUUGGAAAUAAAGAUUUUGCAUCAUUUCAUUUUCAAUUCAUGGUUCUGGAUUUGAAGAUCAAAGAAAUUUGGGUACUUUUUAAAUUUUUUUUAUGGUUUUUGAUUUGGUGCCAGCAUCUGAAAACUGGAUUUUUACACUUAAAGGGGGGAGUUUAAAAUGCAGGACCAGUGCUUAAUGUAGUGUUUUGUUUGAGAACAAAUUUAGAUUUGGUGUGUUUUUGACUAGCAAUACCAAGUCUGAGUACUUUUUUUUUUUAGCACCUACGUAUUGCCAUCUACAGCAGGGUUUAUCAGCCCAGUUUUGGGGGCCAUUUAUAGGGUUCUCAUUUAUGCGCUCAGGCAUACAUUUUUCUUGAUUUGUCUUGUUCAGCUAUGGGAUGGACACCAGAAACAUUUGUUGACUAGGUGCAUGCUUUGUAAUGAAGUGCAGCCUUUAGGGUUUAUCAUGCUGUACUUUGUGUCUUUUGAUCUUAAAUUUGUAACACUGUGUAUUUUUGAAAUGUGGUACAUUGCCU